UUCAACGCGCAUCACUAAUAAAAUGGCCGCUGUUGCAGCAAGUGCAUGAAAAAAAUUAUUGUGUUUGUGCAUAGGAAUUUUGAAAACUUUGUGAAUUUAUAUAGAAACAAAGCCAAUUGAAAGGCACUCUUGACAUGGCCGAAGCUGCAAAUAUAAAAUCAGAUGCGCAGCAGCAGCAGAAAAUGACAGCAGCGCUGAAAGGCGAAACAAACAUCGUAGCGGCUGAAGAAGAAGAGGAAGAAGCAGAAAAAGCGGGCGCAUCAGAAUCCAAACAUGAGGAAGUGAAGAAAGAAGAAGUGAAGGACAAGUCAAUAAUGGACAAAUUGGAUGAGUUGAGCUCAUUGGAGCAGGAAAUUGCCAAAAUGCAUAAUAUACAGUCGGAACAGGUGGAACUGAAGACACCGACAAACGAAGCGGGCGGCAACAACAACAAUGAGAAUGGAAAUGGGAAAAACGAUGCACAGAGUAUGGAUGAAUUGCCAAAACGUUGUACACCCGAUAAUAAGUUGCAUGCAAAAGAGGAAACGGAAGCGGUAGCUACAUUGGAGGAAGUGGAUCUGAUAGCGCUCUUAAAGGGCACAGAUCAGGAGCAGGAACAGGAGCAGCAGCAGAAGAAGCAACAGGAGCUGGAGUCGGAGCCGAAAUCCAGCAUUGAAAUGGCGCUGGCCGAGCUGGACAAUGUGGGCGUGACCAUAGAGGGCGAGGGGCAAUACGAGAUCAUGGAAAUCGAUGAUGAGGACAAUGCCAGCGCAGCAAGUCCAGUGUUGCAGACUGCAGCUAGUUCCAAAGUGGGCAGCAAGUCACAGGGCAAGCUGAAGCUAUCGCCGGAGCAAGCACGCGCCGUGGCACUAAAACAAAUGGCUGAUCUUAAAGGAGAAACAGCGAGACGCAAGGAAGCAGCAGCCAGGCAACAGCAACAACAACAACAGCAGCAACCUAUGGACAUUAUCAGCACACUCAACGAUGAUUGGAAUGAGUACGACAGCGGCAGCGACAAUACCUGCAACUCCAAUUCCAAUGCGAUAGCGACAACUGCCAACAAGAAGAAAUCCAAAGCAGCAACAGAUUCGCCAGCAACGGGCAGCGUCAAGCUGCUCAACAAGUCUGUCACUUCCAAGCCAGCUGCAGAGCCAGUUAGUAUCAAUGCGGAACCCAUGGGCUUCAAGCGUACGCGCGUUAUUAAACGCAAGAUUAUUUGGGAUCCCGAUGUGCCAGAGACACAAAAAUCAUUUGCGCAAUAUGCCAGUGCCAAGGGCACAACAACACCAACAACAACAACAGCAAGUCCAACGCCAGCAGCAACUGCAACAACAGCAACAACCACAACAACAGCUGCUGCUAAAGCCAACAUCAGCAAUGUGGAAACACCAAAAAGAACGCGUCCAGCGACGCCCAAGGAGACGCAUAAAGCGGCAGCUAAACGUGCGGCGACGCCAUCCAAACUUGUGGAGUCCAAUGCCGCUGCCAACGUCGCUGCCAAUGACGCUGCCGCAACGCCCAAGCGACGUUCCCAGACACCGAGUGUACCAAAUGGAGCCAAGAAGAAAAAAAUCAGCGAAAUUGAUCGUUUGAUGGGCGAUGAAGGUGCCGCCAACAUGAUGCAGGCCGUGGAGCGGGAACAGCGGGAACUCAGCGGCGGAGAGCUGCAGUUGCAGAAUAAGCCGCUAAUGCGCAAGCGAUCGCUGACCAUUACAGGACGGCAACUACAGAAACCAGCAACAAUUGCCGCUGAUGUGUUGCAACCAACUCCGAGAAAGGAAAGUCCACCGAAAGGCAACAAGCGAGCAGCAACUCCGGCCAUCAACAACAACAACAACAACAGUAAUGCUGCCGUGGAUGCUGUGUUUACAAAGGCAAAGAAAUCGCAGGCAGCGGAUUCCUGGGACUAUGUGUACAAACAACGUGCCAGCGAGGAGUCGAUGAUAAUGCGUCGUCGUUCCAACAGCUCCUACUCGAGCAACGCGUCCGUUAGUCGCCUCUCGCUGGACACGAAGCCGGCUGCAGUUGCCAAUCUAUCGGACGAUGCCUCCGAUGUGCCCGCCAAUGAUCCGUCAUUCAAGUUCUUGAAGCCAGAGACAAAAGCGAACCAAAGAAGCGACGGAGCUACACAGCAAACUCUAGCCAAUGAUCUGAAACAUGGUGGUGCACAGCAGCAACAAAAGGAGUCACGAGUUGCCACGACAGCGGUGGCAAAAACAGAGCUGGUUACGCUGCAUAAGCUGGAGAAGGUGUCCCAGCUGAUCAUCAACACACAACUAUCGAAAAUGGGACACACGUACAAACUGCAGCUGCUGCAGAAGCUCACAGAAAUGUUGAAUAAGCUGGCCAAGAGCAACGACUGCAACACGGUGCUGUUAAGCGUGCAGGGAUCACAAUUCUGUGAGGGCAUCGAUUGCCAAGAACUGAUUGCACCUACGCUGGAGAAACGCAAAUCUAGCGCCAGUCAAUUCUCUUUAGUACUGAAAACAUAUCUGCGCACGUUGUUUACAUUCCCCAAGCCUCUGGUGGCUGGCAUUGUGGGAAACCUUAUGAAUCUGGGCGUUAUGCAAUUGCCACUGCUCGACUAUGUGGUGGCUGCUGAGGAUUGCAGCUUUGAGGCCAGCUAUGCCAAACUGGGCCAACUGCCAGAGGGCUAUGCGCUUUGGCACAAGCAUCCAAAGGUCACCAGUCAAGUGCACACGCGUUUGUUUCUGCUUGGCGAGCGUUUGCACACAUCGGAGCUUGUGGAGUUCCCAAUUGGCUUUAUUGACAAGUCCUGCAAGGCGCGCAGUGUGAACGACGAAGCUCUCGCAGCUGCCAAAAUAAUUUCCAGCAACACAGCCGAGCAUUAUCGUGCACUCAAGAAACUAAAUCACACUGCGAAUACGGCGAAUCUGCAGCGACUGGAGGCGGAAUUUAAAAUUCUAACAGAACAAUGGUCAUCAGCCAACUUUCAGGCCAACUACAAGCGUUAUGUGAGCGAUCUGAACAUUUAGGGAACUACCACAUGCAGUGGUAGAUAAUUCUUUUAACAAAAA